AUGUAUUGGGAAUUAGGAUUACACAAAAAGUGUCGUGUAUCAAAUGUAAGAACAGAGAAAAUGAUGUCGGUCGGUGUGUACAGAGUGCGUACGAAGUGUCUGGUGCCCGGUCAAAGUCCAAUAUACAGUGAACCUUCAAGUGACUAUCAAUCUAAUUCAAAACAUUCACGUCAAAGUCCAAACUAUAAUGAACCUUCCAGUAGUCAUCUUCAAACAAAUUCAAAAAAUGCCCGUCGAAGUUUAAGCUACAGUAGAGAACCGUCAAAUGUUUAUCAAUCUGAUUCAAAACAUUUCCGUCCUAGUACAAGUUAUAAUGAACCUUCCAGUGGCCAUUCUGAAACUAAUUCAAGUAAUAUUAUGAACAUUCACGUCCAAGUCCAAACUAUAUUAAUAAACCUUCCGGCAGUGGUCGUCAAACUAACUCAAAUUUUCAAGACCGCGUAUUAA